UUGUGCCACGUGUCGGAUUGAAGAGUAUACACUAUUUUUGAAGUUGUGCCGAUUAACAUACAAGUCUAGCCCAAGGUUAAUAACAUUGACACCGUUUCUGUUGUGUGUUAUCCAUUCCAACGGCUAUGGCUUCAAUACAGAACCUGGAAAAGUGGGUCGUUGAUCUUCUCCUCCCUUCCCUAUACCAAAAGAAGCAAAACCCAACUCCUGUUUUCCUUCCAAUACCCAUUUCCAGAAGAUCCGCUCUUCUAUUUACGGUUCUGCCAGUCAACCUCAUUGCUAUCUCCCCACCAGCAUCCCAUGCCAGAGAGCGGAGGAGCAGGAAAACCAUCCCUAUUGAGGACUACAUGACCAGCUCUGAUGGACUGAAGUACUACGACCUAGUGGAGGGGAAGGGGCCCAGAGCUGACAAAGGUUCAAUUGUACAGGUCCAUUUUGACUGUCUAUAUCGUGGUAUUACGGCAGUCUCGAGUCGAGAAUCUAAAAUUUUAGCAGGCAAUCGAAUUAUUGCACAGCCAUAUGCAUUUACCAUCGGAGCACCCCCGGGAAAAGAACGGAAGCGUGAAUACGUCGACAGCGCAAAUGGUCUCUUUUCUGCCCAGGCUGCACCAAAACCACCCCCAGCUAUGUACUCCAUAACUGAGGGGAUGAAAGUAGGAGGGAAGAGGACCGUAAUCGUGCCUCCGGAGGCUGGGUAUGGCAAAAAGGGAAUGAAUGAGAUCCCGCCAGGGGCUACCUUUGAAAUGAAUGUAGAGCUUUUAGAAGUUGUACCUCCAUCAGAGAAGUAGCCUAAGUUAGGUGAAUCACAUGGUCACAUGAAUUUUAACACCCUAUGGCAAAUGAUUCUUUUGUAUAUUUCCCAUUGAAAUGAAUUUUGUAAGCAUUGGUGCUAUUAAAUAUUUCUGUA